CGCAGGCUCGCCGAGAUAAAGCCCGCGUGUGUGUCCGUUCGUCUGUUCUUUCUCUUGGCUCAGCGCAGUGUGUAAGGAUACAGAUAUUUACACCGUAACCCGUUGUGCAUUUAUUUUGCGCUCGAGCCCGUUGUCCGCUGCAUUGGCUCGUUUCGGAGAUUUGAUUUAAUUGGAAGAAGAAACAAGCCGUAAGAUGUAUCGGCUGUGCCUGGUGCUCUGGGCAGCCGCUGUGGCCGCCGGCCAGUACAGCGACAAUAUAGAGACUCGCUCGGUGGCCUAUCCCAGCAAGUCCAGUCUCGGACCGCUGUACAGUGGCUACAGCGGUUCCUCGGGCUACCGCGACAACAGCUAUGAAGACAACGCCGUGACGCCCACGCCGUCGCCCGCACCUAUCUACAGAAACCCCAGCACGCCCCAGGGAUACAGAAAACCCCAGACGGUGAUCGACGCCUCUCGCGAGUACCAGCACACGGCCCCGGUGAAGAUCUCGCAGCAGCGCGCGCAGCAGAUCCGCGGCGGCGGACCCCAGCAGUUCUCUAAGAACGGGCAGGUAAAAUACAAACUGGAAGAGGAGCUCGAGGAAGAGAAGGAGGAGCCCGACCGUUUAAGCCUCCUUCUGCCCCAGAGCAAGUUCGACUGCGUCGGAAAGCAGACCGGUUACUACGCCGACGAGGAGCUCAACUGCGAGGUCUUCCACUACUGUCACGACAACGCCAAGCACUCCUGGAUCUGUCCCGAGGGAUUCACUUUCCAUCAGGUACACUUGAUCUGCAUGCCACCGAACGGCGACAUCACCUGCAAGAAGAGCUCGCAGUACCACUUCGUCAACGAGUACCUGUACAAGCCGUUGAACUUGGACGAGGCCGAGAGCAAGCCCAACGUCACUCUGCGCUACAGCGAGAGAUACUUCCCCUCUGACAUCUACACGGACGAGCGUGAAAACGACGAGUACCACCGCACCAACAACGCUCCCCAGCGCCGACCGAUCUACAUCGCCCAGCAGCCGAUCCCGACGAUCAACAGCCUGCCGAGCGGCGGUCGACCUCAGCCCUCGCCUUCGACGCCCCAGUACCGUGUCCCGAUAAACCAGGUGUUCCGCAGUCCCGAGGAGGUCAACAUCCCGCUGCAGCAGAGACGACCUCAGACACAGGCGAACCAGCAGGGACUCAGGAGGUUCCCCCAAGUCAGACCCGAGGAGGAGGAUGAAUAUUAACGUGUAGUGGAUUCAUUUUAAUCGCAUUAUGUUAUAUUGGAGGAAAGGAGAUUACUCGAGCUUUUUCGCUGCUCAAAAUGCCACGGGUGUUGAGGAAAGUUUGCGGUUCGAUGUUGAAUUCUUCCUUGUGGAUAUUAUCGAAAUUAGUCGCAAAAAUAUAUAUGAGGACAAACCCGCGCGAUUCGCGAGUCAGGCGAAGAUCCAUUACCGGCAAACUUUUCUCGGCAUCUCGGCCAAAAUGCCUUGAUAUUGCCAGCGCGACAUCGGUUCGAUCAGCAUAUCAUUUCCAUUAUUGUCAUCCUUAAAUUUAUACUAUUUUCUAUCCUUUUUUUUAUAUAUUUUAAUAAUUAUUUAAGCGUGUUUAAGUGUAAUCGCAAGUAGUCUUUACAAACAAAAAAGCGAGCAUUAGGAAGAAGAAAACUUGAAAGGUAGGCGAGGCCAGUCGCGAUUUUUGCAUUAGCGACGAUCUUCACGAGCCAGGAUACGAGCGACGAAUAUGCACGGUUGUAAAUAUAUAUUGCAUUGUCAUCGGCUUGCCAAAGCUGAACAAAUGGAAAUACGAGUGAUAUUCAUAAAUGUAAUCGUAGGGAUAUAUUUUUGUCGCUGUACGCGUAAACUGUAUGUUUAAAAAUUUAACGAUGAUAUGGACAAAUAAAUUGUUAUUGUGUUUUUUUUAAAUAAUCAAUUCAGCAUUUUAAA